AUGUUUAAUGAAACGAUCAUAAAUCAAAUCUAUGAAAAGAGGAAAAGUUUUGGAUUCUCAUUCAUCAGAGAAUCAUAUAACGCUUUGGUAGUGGCCACAAGAGUGGAAUUUCCUUUGAACAUUCCGAUGGUAAAUAACCGAAAGAAACUAAGACUUCAUGAAGUGGAGCAGAAGAAGAAGCAUCACGCUCAUCGAUAG